UUCAUUAACAUGUAACUCGACACAGAAACUUCUCAAAUGAUUUACAUAUGGAUAUAAUUUAGUAGUUCUGGGAAUAGGUAAAUUAUUUCUAGGUAAAUAAUGUCAUAUCAUUGAUGAACAUGCAACGGAAGCCUUCCCCCGUUUGUGGGUAAUUGUUACUUGCAUUUUGUAUUGAGUUAAACAAUAGAGUUAUCCGUGAUCCGUUUUGAUCGGUGUUGAGAAGUCAUUUUUAAAUGUCUCUAUAAUAGUUACGUACGACUGUAAAUUGGUAGGCGCUGUGGUUGAUGCCCUCGUGGAUGAUACUGGUAAGAAUGUUUCAUUAUUAUAAUUAUUUAUUUAAAGUACUUAAACUUCAUUGUACUAGUCAGUUAUAAUUUGCGCAAGGUUAAAUCUUUAAGUACCUUUAGUAUUUGAAAUAUACUGUGUUCUGUAAUUUAAAUGUAGAUUAGGUAUUUGGUUUAAAUUAUGUUGGUGUGGUGUUUUUAAAUUUAAGUAUAUUAUUUGCACACGCUAAAAAUGAAACAGUAACAAAUUGUGUGUACUUACUAGUCACAUAUGAACCUCACAAUGUGUAAUAUUUUGGGCGGUAAAUGUUAUGUUGUAAUGUUUUAUUUAUUUUUUAAUUAUAAAUAUUUAAAGUAUAUAACUAUAGUAUAAUGUUAUAAAGAGGCUCUGCAAGCUUUCGCUGUAUGUCAGAUGCAUGAUUCAUAGUUCAAUAUGGAGUCAACAUUGAAGUAUUGUGCUCAAACGCGAAAUGUUUUAUCGCCCAAAAUAUAUUGGACUGUGUAUUUAAAUGAUAGAAUAGUUUGUGUUGUGUCGUCCUCUACAUGUGGAUUCUUACAAUUGUACAAAUGAAGUGUUACAAUGUUCACAGCCAUCCAUUACAGAGGAUUAUUCUUACAAUUGUACAAGUGAAGUGCUACAAUGUUCACAGUGACCCAUUACAGAGGUUUAAAUUGGUUUUUGAUGUAUCAAAAUGGAAUCGUUGUCUAAACAAGAGCUGAUAUCUACCAUAACAAAACAAGCAGAUCAAAUCAAAAGAUACGAAGCUCGUUUAAGAGAUGUUGUUGCUGCAUACAAAGGCCUUGUAAAGGAAAAAGAGGCCUUGGAGAUUAGUUUGAAGGCCUUAAAUAAAACAGAUGACGAUGGAAGUGGAGCAGGAUCUCCAGAUUCAAUUGCAGCUCUCACUCUAUCUCUCUCAACUCUUACAGCAGAAAAGAAUCGUAUGGAAGAAGUCUUUCAAGCGGACAAGAAAGUUACAAGGGAGAAGUAUGAGAACAUGUUAGCAUCAAUGAGAGAGGAAACAAAGAGUCUGGUGCAGCAACAUUUAGCGGAAGUCGCAAAUCUGAAGACUAAGAUAGCAUACGAGAUACAAGAAAGAGAAAAAGAAAGAGCCGAUCAUGCAGCUAUGUUGAAAGAGCUGCAUCUGAAGUUGAAUACAGAAAGGAAAAACAAAGAAAAGUUGGAGGACAAAGUUGUUCAAAAUACAGAGUCCGAAGCGUCGCAGGCCGACCUGGAGAAACGCGUCCGAGAUCUGAGCGGGUAUCUGGAAGCGAGUCAACGGCGACUGAUGCGUGCUGAGGCGAGGACGGCGGAAACCCCGGCGCUGCUGGUGAGGCUGCAGCAGAAGCUGGCGCUGCUGGAGCAGACACACGCGGUGGCUAUACGAGAGGAACAGAUUAAAGCGAAACGUGCAGAGGAAUCAGCUCGGAAGAUAUGUGCCAGGCAGGAGGAACGAGUGGCGCUGCUGGAGGGUAAGGUGGCCGAGCUGUCACAGACGAUAGGAGAGUAUGACAUGAUGAGGAGACGAGACCAGAACACCAUACAGCAACUGAGAGAGUCCUUUAAUGGCAGGUUACUGGAAAAGAUUGCCAGUAACGGCUCCGAUGGCACUGACGGUGAUAAUGAUGAAACGCAAAAAAGCGAGACGGACAAUGAAAAAUUAGCGGACAGUGAAUAUUUGCAAACUUUGAUAGACAAAAUACACAUACUGAAGAAAGAGCUACUGGCCGAGAACGAGAAGGUAGGGAGUCCGGUCGACAUUACGACCGUCUUCAAAGUGGACGGCUACGACGACAUCCACAGGAAGUGCAGAGAGGAGUACGACAAUUUGAAAAUCGAAUACGACAAUUAUAAGUUCCUGAAUGUCAAAGUGACGGGAGGCGAUGAGAGCGAGACGGAAGAUCUGAAGAGCGAGAUAGCGAUAUUGAAAGAGAAAGUUGACACUUACGUGUUGCUGCUGGAGGAAGAGAAACAGGUUAAGGCUGAGCUGCUGCGGCUUCACGAAGAGAAACUAAGAGCCGAGAAGGAAUAUCACAAAGAGGUGACAUCGGACCUCAAGAACAGAAUACAAAGUUUGGAGAAACAGGUUCAGACGCAGAGAGAGAGAUACGCGACUCUGUUAGAGGAGACCGACAGCUACAUACGAUCCAGACACGACAGGUCCCGGAAGGUCAGCAAGGAGGACGGCUGGAAGGACGAACAUGUGAUCAAUGAUGGCAUGUCCCCGCACAUGCUGCACUACGCCCACGAGUUGGCUCGGCGCGACCUCGACAUCACUCAGCUGAGGAGAGAGAAACACGCGCUGGAGGGACUGCACAGAGAUUGUCAACGCGAAGCUACCAUAGAGAAGGAACGUUACAAGGAGGUGGUGAGAACACUCAGAGAAGAAAUUGACAGAUUGCGAAGGACUCAGUCCCGUGAAGGCGCCAACCUCGAAUAUCUGAAGAACGUGGUGAUAUCGUAUCUGAUGUCUAGUGACUACGUCGGCCGCAGACACAUGCUGAACGCCAUAGCCGCUGUGCUCCACUUCACAGACAAUGAAAGGAAGGCCGUGCUCAGCACACUGUAACGAAUAAACUGAAAAUAUGUUCACUGUACACGUGUGGUUUUUUAUUGAGUGUAGAUCAAUCAAUGUUAAUGAUUCCUUUUUUUAAUUUAUUUCAUACGUUUAUAGAUGGCGCUAUCUUGUAUGUGGAUAAUGUCCCACACAUUUAUUUACAUUAAUAUAAACUGUGCCCUCACUAGGACACAAUGUUCCUAUUUAAUGUACUAGAAAAUAUAGAACGGAAUAUUCAUGGACACGACCAGGAGUCGACUCUGCGACCUCCGACCGGCCGAAACAGCUGUGGCAAGGCGCUUGAACUAAUAUAACAUUUUAUAUAUUAAUAAUGGCAUUAUUUUUUAUAUUAAUUAAAUAGUAAUAGUGAUUGUUCUUGUUGUUACAUAAUUAACCAUUGUCUGUGCUUGAAUCUAUUUUUACUUUUUAAAUUAAGUGACUAUUAGAUCAAUGUAUAGAAUAUCAUAAAAAACAUUUUGUCUAUAAAAUAUUUAUUCAGUAUUUUUUCUAUAUCAUUAUUCACUGAACCUCAUCCGCCGCAGCCCAGGGCGAAGUAAAAGGCAUUUGUAAUAAACAUUCCUCUUUAAUAAAUAAUUUCUAUGAACAAA